AUGAGUUUAACACCCGUCCAUUUCUUCUCCCAUGGUUCGACCCGAAUGCUUGAGGCGGAUACCGAAUCGGGAGCAUAUUGGGCGAAAUGUGGCGAAGAGGCACUUGCUCAUGGCGUAAAGGGUAUCAUCAUCAUGGGUGCGCACUGGGAUUGUCUUGGGGAUAAAAUCGAAGUGGCCACCAACCCAAAGCCAGAGAAAUCACCAUGUCCAUACGUUACGCAGUCACUCAUUACCGAGUGGACGCCAAACCCAGAUAUACCAACAGCUCACCGUUGUAUUGAAAUGCUCAAAGCGGAAGGAUUCAAUGUUUCCGAGAAUAGAAAAUUCGAUUGGAUUCACGACACCUACAUGGUAUUAAUCCGAAUGUUCCCUGAUGCUAGUAAAUGCCCACCAACCACCAUCAUCUCUAUGAAUGCCCGGUACGAUCCUCACUAUCAUAUCCGUAUCGGUGCGACAUUACGUCCUUUGAGACAGGAAGGAUAUUUAAUUAUUGGCACUGGAGGAGCUGUCCAUAAUCUCUAUCGCAAUGUUUGGCGACCCAUGCUUCUGUAUCGAGACAGUCUUGGCCAGGAACAACCACCGGAGACAUGGGCACUUGAUUUUCGCCAGGCAACAGAAGACGCGAUCACACGAAACACCGGCCCGAAUUUGCGGAAGGCAAUGGCCAGGCUUAUGAAGCACCCUCAAUACCGCGCUGCGCAAGCGACAGAUGACCACUUCAUUCCAGCGUUGUUUUGUGCAGGCGCUGCGGGUGAUUGGGACGACGUGAAUACCACGAAUGUGUUGGGGGCCGAGACCUGGGAAUUGACGAACAUGUGCAACUCGCAAUUCACAAUGGGUUCUUACGGAGAGCCUGGUCGUGUCUUGGGAAAUGGUGCUGCAAUUGCCUCAGUAGGUGCCUGA